GCUAUAGCACUUGCACCUUAUACCUCCAGCUUAUUCCCUCUCGGACCGCGAGCUAGCUAGCAGCUACGUGGCCGCCGGACGGCGAGGACAAGCAACUGAGCAAGGCAUAGGUAGGUCGAUCGGUCGGCCAAGAUGUCGGUGCCGGUGGCGUACCAGGGGAACACGUCGGCGGCGGUGGCCGACUGGCUGAACAAGGGCGACAACGCGUGGCAGCUGACGGCGUCCACGCUGGUGGGCCUCAUGAGCGUGCCGGGCAUGGUGGUGCUGUACGGCGGCGUGGUGAAGAAGAAGUGGGCGGUCAACUCGGCCUUCAUGGCGCUCUACGCCUUCGCCGCCGUCUGGAUCUGCUGGGUCGUCUGGGCCUACAACAUGUCCUUCGGCGAGGAGCUGCUCCCGUUCUGGGGCAAGGCCGGCCCGGCGCUCGACCAGGCCUUCCUCGUCGGCCGCGCCUCCCUCCCGGCCACCGCGCACUACCGCGCCGACGGCUCGCUCGAGACGGCCAUGGUGGAGCCCUACUUCCCCAUGGCCACCGUCGUCUACUUCCAGUGCGUCUUCGCGGCCAUCACGCUCAUCCUCGUGGCUGGGUCGCUGCUGGGCCGCAUGAGCUUCCUGGCGUGGAUGCUCUUCGUGCCGCUCUGGCUCACCUUCUCCUACACCGUCGGCGCCUUCUCCGUGUGGGGUGGCGGCUUCCUCUUCCACUGGGGCGUCAUCGACUACUGCGGCGGCUACGUCAUCCACAUCCCCGCCGGCGUCGCAGGCUUCACCGCCGCGUACUGGGUCGGGCCAAGGACCAAGAAGGACAGGGAGAGCUUCCCGCCCAACAACAUCCUGUUCGCGCUCACCGGCGCCGGGCUGCUGUGGAUGGGGUGGGCCGGGUUCAACGGCGGCGGGCCGUACGCGGCCAACGUCGACUCCUCCAUGGCCAUCCUGAACACCAACAUCUGCACGGCGGCGAGCCUCAUCGUGUGGACCUGCCUCGACGCCGUCUUCUUCAAGAAGCCGUCCGUGGUCGGCGCCGUCCAGGCCGUGAUCACCGGGCUCGUCUGCAUCACGCCAGGCGCUGGUGUCGUGCAGGGUUGGGCGGCGCUGGUGAUGGGCGUGCUGGCCGGCAGCGUGCCAUGGUACACCAUGAUGGUGCUGCACAAGCGCUCCAAGCUCCUUCAACGCGUCGACGACACCCUCGGCGUCAUCCACACCCACGGCGUCGCCGGCCUGCUGGGCGGCGUCCUCACCGGCCUCUUCGCCGAGCCCAACCUCUGCAAUCUAUUCCUUCCGGUCACCAACUCCCGGGGCGCCUUCUAUGGUGGUAACGGCGGGGCACAGCUCGGGAAGCAGAUCGCCGGAGCGCUCUUCGUGAUCGGGUGGAACGUGGUCGUCACGUCCAUUAUCUGCGUCGUCAUCCGCUUAGUCGUCCCACUGCGCAUGUCCGAGGAGAAGCUCGCCAUUGGCGACGACGCCGUGCACGGCGAGGAGGCCUACGCGUUGUGGGGCGAUGGCGAGCACUACGAUGACACCAAGCACGGCGCCGCCGUCGUGCCGGUGUGAUUUUCUCUGCUUUUGUUACUUUGCUUCUCCUUGUUAUGUCAUGUGUGUCCCUUCUAUACCGUGUCACCUUUUAUUUUCACUUUUUCUGCCUAAAACGUGUAAAUUUGUAGCUCAUGUAUAUUCAAGGAGGAUAACCCCGGUCUCUACAUUGAUAGUGAAACACAAAGUCAUAUAUUAUUAAUUAUUUAA